UCGAAUUGCGAUGUCCGACCCGAACCAUUAAGGAGUCGCCGGACUGCCCGGACCCAAGCCGGUCCCCCCUCUCUCUUCCCCGCUCUCUCCACAGUCUUCCGACAGUGAAGAAAUCUCCGGGUCACUUCUUCAGCUCACAAACUCCGGCCGAAGAGGAAGAAGACGACUCAGAUAAGGCAUAUCGCCAUAGCUGCCUGCUUUCGGGGGCCACAGGUGUGGACAUUUUGGGGUAAAUGAGACGGCAGGACACGUACCUUAACUCAGGGUCUGAUGCAUAUGCUGCUGCUCAGAUGCAGCAGGCUCAGCAGCUGGAGCGACAGCAUGCAUCUACUCAGUUUCAAGGGCAGCUAGAGGCAUUUACCCCAGAGAGGGAUGAUCCUUAUGUAACUUCUAAAGGGGACGGGCAACAGGGAUGGGAUAGGGACGGGCCUGCACCAUCAAAUUCCAUGGCAUCGCAUGUGUUUUAUGAAGGUCAGGGUGGUGAUGUGUCUAGGUCUUACUACCAUGGCCUGAGAUCAGAUCCAAGAGUGACUUUGGAGAAACAAGCAGACAGCAACAUAAGAUCUCAGUCGUCGCAUGAUAAAGAAAUGAAUGCUGGGUAUGAAAAAAUGCCAUUGUCAGAGACAUUUGAAGGUCUUGAGCAGAAGUUCUUGGAUGACAUUAUGAAACUAUCAAAAGAUCUGCAUGAUGCAGAGGAUGCUGAAAAUGCAAGACAUAGAGAGAAACUGAAUGCCAUUGAUGCUCUGUAUCAAAAGCAACUUGAGGCUCUUCGAUCUCGGCACGCUAGUCGUAGAGACGAGUUCCUUCGAAGAGAAUCAAAUGCAAGGCAACACCAGUAUCAGCAGAAUUUGAUGGAUCAUCAUUAUCAAAACAGGGGCAUUGGCCCACGUGAUCCUCAGGCUUAUGGCAAUAUGGCGGGGUCUGCUUCUGUCGGAGAAGCACAUCGACCCUAUAACAAUGUGGAUCGAUAUGAUUCCUACAGGGACCGUGCCCGAUUUCCUGGGGGUGGAGGAAGAGAUCAGUUCGAGCCUCGAGGUCCAUUCCCCGGAGGCCGCACCUACGACCCAUCAUCACGCUUCUACUAGAGGUCUUUCUCGACUCUACUCAUAGAUUCUGCUAAAAUGAAAUGAGUUGUCACUAUCUGUCCCAUGGCAAUCCAUGCGCUGCUGAUUGACCUGCAAAUAGAGGUUCCCUUGCUCUAUGGUUUACCGUUCUAUCUUAUAGGAAUGCUCCAUCGGCACUUUGCUUAUCAGGUGGAGGUUCGUGUCUCGGAUAGGACUUGUUAUGUGGUCUAGAUCAUAAGAUGCAAGUUGGGUCUGCCAUGUUUUGUGAGAUGGACAUCGAAGCGUGAUCUUACUGAGCAUUAGUGCGAGCCCCUUUAUAGAUCUAUAGAAAGACCAGCUAUUGUUCCCUGUAGAUUUAUUUAUUUAAUGGCAACUGUCUAUGCUUCACGAAGCUCGAUAUGCUUGCUGGUUGAGAUCCCAAUGCAGUUUGCGGGGGUGUUCCAUUCCACCUGCAAUUUAUGCGAGAAGCUAAGAGCCAAUUGAUCAUCUCUGUGAUCUUUUGAUCGGCAGAAUGUAGGACUGAUUUACUGGGAACUCUUUCAGCUUUAGUAAUGAGUGUGAGAGAGAGAUUUCUACAGGAAAUUUUGGGCCCGUGUGCCCAAUUUGACAUUAGCAAGCUGGCCCACUGAGCCCGGGUUGGUCCAAUGGUGGUAAAGUAUAACAUAAUAAUAUCCUUUUCUCCAUUGGCUGCCGUUAAAUUGAUUAUCAGUUAUUAUAAUUUGCUCAAUUGAUGUUUUCUGGC